GGUGAGAAGACGGCGUGAGCUGACGCGGAUUUCCCGCCAUUGAUAUCGCUGGCGGCUCCCGGCUGCAACUUGUAGUUGUCGGGGGGGAAAUAAAGUUGCCUCGGCCGCCUUCUGCAACGGUGCUUCGCGUUCCGCUCUGCGGCAAAAUGCCUUGCCUGGAUGAUUGGGUGAAUGACCCCCUGAACACGGUGCAGGGCAUUUUCGCUCAAAGUGGCGCUGGUGGGGAAUGGGAAAAGAAAGUGGUGGAGUACUUCAGAGAGAAGUUGAAGGAGACGACUGCAGCCAGCUGGGUCCCUUCCUUGAAUGAUGUUCCACUGCAUUACUUAAAGCCAAAUAGCUUGGUGAAGUUCCGCUGUAUGAUCCAGGACAUGUUUGAUCCAGAGUUUUAUAUGGGAAUUUAUGAGACGGUGGAGUCAAACGCCAAAUCCAAGUCUUUUCAGGUUCCUGUCUACCCUUCUAACUUCUGUCAGUGUUCAUCAGGCAAGGGAAUCCAGGGUUGUGAGGUUCUACGGUUUGGAAAGUACAAAGAUGUUGCUGAAUGUGGGCACCAGCAAGAGAUUGUUUUGGACUCUCCCAAAUGUGUCACCCUGGAGAGGCAAACAUUUUACUGUAUUCCUGUGCCUGGAGAAUCAGAGUGGGUGAAAGAAGUCUAUGCUAGUGCCAGCCAAGCACGGGGAAAUCCUUCCACAUCCUAUACUCCAAGUCGUCAUAAGAGGAGUUAUGAGGAGGAUGAAGACAUGGAAAUGCAUCCACCCAAACCCAAGGAGCAGUGUGCAGCUGGCUGUAGUGCAUCACAAGGGUGUGGGGAUGCAAAACGUCUUGAAAAGGAGGCUCCAGCAGGACACCAAAAUUUGUCAAACUGCACAACGUCAAUUGAUCUCAACUUCCCAUUACCAGGAGAGAAAGGCCCUGCAUGCCUUGUGAAGAUCUAUGAAGACUGGGAUAGUUUCAAAGUCAAUGAUAUGCUAGAAGUAUAUGGAGUUUUAUCAGUGGAUCCGGCUCUGGGUGUAAUUAAUGAAGAGAGUGUAAAGGACGGAUUGUCACUCUUGGAUCCUGCUGAGUGUAUGGACACCAUGGAAGAACAACGGGUGCAUAGUCCUCCACCUUCCUUAGUUCCAAGGCUUCAUGCCAUCGUAACUCGGAAACUCCAGCAUGUUAAUCCUUUCCUUCCUGUCACUCUGCAUGAUAAGGAAAAUGAGCACUUCAUCUCCAACAUCAUCCCUGAAUUAUCCACAGUCAGAGCUGAGUUGCUUGGGUUUCUUACACAUGCAUUACUGGGAGAUGGUUUGGCAGCGGAAUAUCUCCUGUUACAUUUUAUUUCAACAGUAUAUUCCCGGCGUGACAUUCUUCCAUUGGGUAAAUUCACAGUAAACCUGAGUGGCUGCCCGAGGGGUAAUGGUUACACAAAAUACCUACAUAAGACCAUUCAGCAGCUGGUUCCAUCAUCAUAUUGUCUACCCAUGACGCUCCAUAAUAUGAACACCCUGCGAUUCAUCCCACACAAAGACUACACUGCCAACCGCCUCGUUACUGGCGUACUACAGCUAGCCAGUAAUACUUCUCUCAUGUUAGAUGAGACCUUAUUGGAACAAGGGCAGCUGGACGCUACAGGAGUUCGAAAUGUGACAGCUCUGGGUAAUUUAAUUACUUGGCAGAAGGUAGACUAUGAUUUCAACUACCACCAGAUGGAAUUCCCUUGCAAUAUUAAUGUACUCGUCACUUCAGAAGGAAGAUCUCUCUUACCGUUUGACUGCCAAGUCCACUUACAAGCUCAGAUGGUUCCUGCAAAUAUGGAAGAAUACAUGACCAAUUUACUGACAGCCUUGCUGCCCUCCAUGUUGAAGAAAUUUCGCAUUUACUUGAGUUUACUUCGGCUAAUGGACUAUAGUAUAUCGGAUGAAGUGACCAAGGCAGUAGAGGAAGACUUUGUGGAGAUGAGAAAGAGUGAUCCACAAAGCAUAACUGCAGAAGAUCUCCAUCAGUUACUCGUUGUGGCAAGGUUGGUGUCACUGAGUGCUGGCCAGACAACAUUAUCACGUGAGAGAUGGCAACGAGCAAAGCAGCUGGAAGUUCUUCGCAAAAGUAGAAUACAACAGCAAGCCCAUUUAAAUGGCAAUGAGCCUUAAUGUCAGGUGUUUUACUGUCAAUAAAACUCAACAGAACUUGUGUGCCAGUGGGCUUCAUGUAAAUUUCCAGAGCUAACAUUCCUCCUCAGACCACCUACCAAAUCUGUCAAAUUGAGGAAAAAGGUUUUUUUCUUCUUUGUAGACCAUUUGUAUCAAAGUUUCUUAAAAAAACUUUCUUAACUCUGAAUUCUGACAGUUUUAAUUCAUAAUGUACAUGUUGCUUGUACUGAAACCUCUGCAGUUUAGUUACGUGCAUUCAUUUGUGAAAAUGUCUUCUACAUUCCUUACUGCAAUUUCUCAAAUACAGGCUAUUUUUGUAAUUUUGUAAACUGCAUAACAUUGUACUUGUUCAAAAUGGCUUUUUUUUUAAGAAAAAAGAAUGUGAAACAAGUUUCAAUUGUUACUUUUUUUAAUUACUAGUCAAAUUGGGGUGUGGUAGACUUCUAUUAAGAUUUGCACAUCUGGAUUUAACCUGUAACUGAUGCUGGAGCCACAAGCAGAUCAGUUUGUUUACAUGAGAAACCUUUGAGUGGAUAACUGCUUGAUGGGUUAAUUUCUGGCAUUAUUUACCAUUUUUUUUACUACUCCAGACUUCACUGGAUAUUUAAAAUUAAUACAAGCUGCCUUCAGAUUCUUAGAAACGUUUUUUACAUCUAUUGUGAAAAUUGUUUUUUAAAGAUUCACUGAAAUUAUAUCUGUCAUUUCACUGAUUUGCUUGUGAGAUGUCAUAUGUGGUAAUGUGCUGAAAUGAUCUGUCCUUUGAGUUAUUUUUACUCAUUUAUGUAGAAAAUGCAUCUGAUAACAAAUGCAGGGCGUAAAUUAAUGGCUUGGUGUAUAAGAAUACAGUAAUUGAUUAUGAUUGGGUUAAAGCAAAGCUGUAGAGCAGCUUGUGUUAUCUCAGUGCCUACAUUUCAUGUUGUCUUAUAACACUCCUGAGUUUUUGCCUUGAAGUAGAUUAUGCACCUGCAUUAUCAUGCAGGUGGAAUAUUAUUAUUCUCGUUGAACAUUAGUAAGAAAUACAUUGACUGUGAUUGACUAGUUAAUGUUAGAUGGACUCACCAGCACCUGAGCAGAUAUGUUAAUAGGAAUCCUAGGACUCUUUAGUGCUUUAUUGGAAUGAUCAAUUGGUUAAAUAAUGUUUAAUAUUCCAAUAAUAAACUGAAAAGAUAAAAUUCUCUGCAGCAUACCAGAUGUCAGCAGUUUGGGUGAAUUCAGUAAAUGCAAGACUUAUCUUUGUUUUCUUCAUCAAGCAUUUUGAGUCCUUCCUUAUUCUACUUUGAUCUAAUGAUGUAAGAUUGCAGAUUUGGAGUAAUCAUCAGCUGCUUGGACCAAGCUACAUUAGAGACAGAAGGGGAGAUGUGGUCAAGCAUUUGGCCUUGCAACCACUGGCAAAAAGAAGCUGUUCAAUAUUCUUGCUUCAUGUAAAGCUUACCUCCAAAAAAAAAAGUUCAGUCUGCCCGUCAUAUUAAAGUCUUGCCCAACUUGUGACCACUUGCAGUGUUUGCAAGAUGUAGCAGAAUUCUUAAGAAUGUCAUAUUUAAAUAAAUCUUGGUGAAUUAUUGCUUUCUCCUAGUAAAAGAGAGCUGGGGACGAGAUGACCUUUGAUAGGAUAUAGCGCAGUGGAAUAUGGUGCUUGUCCCAACAACUUGCACAAGUCUAGACCUGAGAAUAUUGUUUCCAAAGAAGGCCCCUUUGUGUACUAGAGAUAACAAUGUCCUCUGACCCUUUUUAAAUAACUGGCUGUUGCACAGCAGAUGAACCUAAGAGUUCUAUCAAGAAAUUUUUCUUUUUGGGAAGCAAAAAAUGUUCUGCAUUCAAGCGUUCUAAAAAAUAAAUAAAUAAACAAACAAAUAAAUAGAUAAAUCGUUUCUCAGUUCUAAGGUCAUUAUCAGUGUGCAAGAUAGCAUUGACAGCUUGUUUGAAUUAUCAGAAGAUAUGUGUGUACCAGGAGGGUAUGCUUAACUUUGAAUAAGUUCAGAGAAAUUUUGUAGUUUGUAAUGGUUUGAAUAGAUGGUUUUAUACUGAGGCCAUUGAAUAUAUCAAACCUGUUUUUCUUCAAUUAUUUUAUCAAAGAUUAAAAUCAAAUUAAAUCACUGCAAUCAUUUUCCUUAAUUCAGAUGAUUGUGUUCUUGGAUUAUAAAUGAGAUUGAGAGAGAAAAUAAUGUACAUAUGCUAUUCAAAGUUGUUACCCUCCUCCUCUAACUUGUAUAAGAACCCCCUGAAAUUAAAGUGUGGGAUGAAUGUUUUUCAAAAGGUAAAUGAGAAUUGCAUGUUUUUCAAGAUUUUUAUAUAAUUAUUGCAUUAUUGUAAAUUAGUUAAAUUAAUUACAUACAUUUUUGAAA